AUGCCUCCUCAUAUCAAAGCACGACGCGCGGUGACGUACGCUCCGGCGGAACAAAGAGUAUCUUCUCAGGGUAGCGAAAAGAAACGUUCCAAACUCAGACUCCCUUCGUGGAAAGGUUUUCUGCGAGUCGUGACCCUACGAGGUAAAAAGGCUCCGGCUCUUCCCAGGACAAUCCACGAGGAAGAGGAGUACGAUGAGUACUCCGAGGAAGAAAGGCCGUCGCGUCAUAGAACCCCGUCUUCAAAAUCGCGGGCUGCUUCCUCUUCGCAGAAGCGCUAUUCCAGUCGCCAUCAUAGCGACUUCACAGACGAGAGCGGGGACUCAAGCCAAGCGUAUUUCUCCGAUGAUGAUUACGAGGAGUCUCCUCCGGGACGCCACACAUCAUCUAUUCGCUCACGCAAGGAAGUUUACGGUGAGGGCCGUCGUCGAGUCCGUGGACGAGAGAGUGGUCGAUGUCAUAGUGGCCGGCAUGAGAGUGUCGCCCGACGUGCCAGUCAGGCAAGCAGCCGCCAGGUCUUCGGCCACACGCGUAGUAUCCAUGUUUGCUCGGACUGCGACCUUGUUCGUUCGCCUCAAUUCCAUCACAUCCAUGGUGGAGUUCAGCGUCGCAACUUUUGCACAAAGUGUCAGGUUGCCCGGCUCGAGGCCUUCAAGGACGAUCCGACCCGCGAGUUUGAGCAGUUUUGUUUCCACUGCGGUCAAGUUCGUUCAAAGGAGUUUCUCAAACUGAAGCCCGAGGCCCAGCACCGUGUCAUCGCGAACCUUUGUGAGGAGUGCAUUAUUCAUACCAAGGCACGCCAGCUCGGAUCCGAGUUGGAUGAGGAGGACGGCGAUCUUGAGUCUAUGCCUCCGUCACAAGUGUCGUUUCAAUCUAACAGCCCUGGCGACCGGGAUAAGAUGGGUAUCCUGCUUGAUGACGAGUUCUUCUCGGAUUCCCUCGUUGGUAAUGAAGAAGUAAUGCAGCGUUAUAAGCAGCUUUUCGUCCAUGGAUCCAAAUCGACUGAGGAGUUGCGGGAAUCUAAAGAGACUGCUGAUACUACGCCUAAGGCACACGGCAUCCUGAAGGAGAGUGGCCAACACUUCAAGUCCACUACUCAAUCGAAGGCCAGCAGCGCCACUCAUUCUCCGUCGACCGACGACGAUCUUGACUCCAGCCCCUUCCCUGGCCCCAUCAAGAAUCCCAAGUCUCGAGCUUCAAAUCCGACCAAGGUCUCAAAACAGGCCGUGGAAGAAGAUGAUGAAAUCCAGUCUGACAUCGACCCUAAGGAUAAGAAAGGUAAACAACCCGUCAGAGGCCAAGGUCUCAAGAUGUCCAAGACGUUCGCCUCAGCCCCUCAUGAGGAGUCGGACAUAAGCUCGGACGGUGACAGCGCCUCGACACUGGGAAAAACCAGCAAGAGUUAUUCCAAGGCUCGAGUGGUUGUUGGCAGGCGAGUUUCUUCGUCGAGCGUGGCCUACUCUUCCCCUAAGGGACGAACAUUCAGUGGCAGUCUAGCCCGUGGCAAAAGCAAAAGCACCCGGUCAAGUCGGCAGAGUACCCAUGGCGAAUCUAGCUCAUCCGGUCGCAAUGCGGGUGCUAGCAAGCCGAGCAGAAGCUCUUCCAAGCGUGGCAUAAGUGAUUCCACAUCUCAUGGAUCCAAUAUGCCCUCAAGCUCUGCGCCGGAGUAUGGCGGCUUUACUAACGGGCCUCAAUCCGAUCUCCCACGCGUCAGGGAUGGGUCUCUCAAUACCUCUAACUCUCGGUUCGACUCAGAUGUGCGCAUUUCGCAAGCCGAAACCGUCUCUAACCGUAACCAUCGUACCAGAAGCCGCGCACGCCCUGAGGCCUCUUUUACGGGCAAUAGUACGAUGCCGCCUUCUAUGCACCCCAACCGUGACUUUGACAUAGCGUCGUCAGCUUAUAAUUCCCGCCGCGGUGGCCCAGGAGGACAGUCUAGCGACUCUUGGUCUCGAUUCUUUUCAUUGAGCACUUUUGGGGAAGAUUAUCUCGAGCUCGGUGAAGACGCCAUCUUUCCACCUCCACGCACUGCCAUACCUUCUUCGAGUCGCCCUCACCCAAACGUCGACGAAGCCGAGCCCUUGUACGGUGAUGACCUUGGUUACGGAUAUAUGCAUACGAGUGUUCAGCCGAACCUGAAUCAUGGAUUGCGUCACGGACAUAGCAUGGCUCAGCCCUAUGCUCCUUCCCCAGCUGCCGGCGUCAGUUACCACCAGCCUGCCCAUAACGCUUUUAAUAUGGCAGGCGCUGCCGGCCCCAGUUCUUGGGGUGACCGCGAGCCCGAAGAGGCAUAUGAUGGCAUGUAUGAGGAAGGUGACGACGAUGGUCUCAACUACUGCUCUGACUUUGACCCGAACCAUAUCCCCAACCAUUCCGCCAAUUUUGGCAUGAAUCACGGCCAAAAUGGUGCCCCCGACCUUGGCAUGAAUCACGGCGCCGACUUUAGUGGCAUGAGCUAUGACCCUAAUGCCAUCCAUCACUUUGACCCCAGCUUUGAGCCUGACCACAAUCCUAAUCAUGGCAUGAACAAUGGGUCCAACCUCAACCCCAACGGCGGCCUGGACCGCGGCCAGGGUCGAGGGCAUAAUUGGGGUACCAAUUAUGGCCUCAACCACGGCGCGGGCUCCAGCAGCGAUCCCCAGUACCGCUUGGGCAAUGACGGCGACCUCGGUCCUACUACGCCAGUUCGUCAGACAGACAACGGUGACCGUGGUACCUUCCUACAUGCAACAGGCGCUGCUACCCCUCUCGAGGCGCAAAACUAUACCGCUGCCAACCGCGCCCAUAACAACGGCCAGGGACCUCGACCUCAAAACGACGGCGACAACCCUUUUACCUCUUCCUGGGCGCCCGCCUACACGAACGAGAGGGGAGAACCAGUUCCCUAUCCUUGGGACACCAGCUCGUUUGACGAGUGGGCCAGUCGGCCUGGGAACAGGGCUCGGAGCGCGCCUCGUGAUGGCCGCGACAUCCUAGGCAACCCCCAAGUCGCGGCGCCAGUCAAUCCAGAACCGGCAGAGUCAGCCUUCGGUGGCCCUUUGGGGUAUCCUCCUCCUGGGCUCGAUUCGGCGAACGGAUGGUACGAGGGAGCCCAUGAUCAGCGCGAUGGGGGAGGUGACGGACCUUCUGGUCUUGAAAUCGAGGAAAUGGAGGAUGGCUCCGAUUGCCAGCGGCAGUUGCUCCAAGCCAGCCAUACCCUUUGUCCUAUCCACCAUCGGGAAUAUAAGAAACUAAACAAGUCUUACAAGCUGAAGGAAAAGUCUUACAACAGUAUCAUCACGAAGGAGGGCGAGCCUGAUGCUAAGAAGAAGAUCGAGGCCAAGCUGGUAGCUGGGAAGGAAACGCUAGAGCUCAGGGACCAGGUUAACCGUCGGUUUUUCAACUUUUCCGCGCAGAACCGUGGCCACAUCAAAUGGAUAUUGAAGCUACAAUCCGAAGUCUAUCAUCUGGAACAGAAACUGGCAGUCUUGGGAACUGAGGGGUCCUCAAGCUCAUCGCAACCGAAACUGGUAGCCAGGGCAUCUAAAGAACCUGCGAGCUCAUCACAAGCAGCACAAGAGAUCCCGUAUACCGAGACCAAAGCCUACCGGUCCAUUCCUAACCCAGCAAUUCCACUGCCUGCGCCACACCGUCGCUCACCCGAUAACGACCCUAUUUUGGUCCUGAAACAAGCCAUAAAUGAAGUCUUGACAGCAAGGAUCGAGAAACUUUACUCGAUUGCCCCUUCUCUCAACGACGCGUCUCCCAUUGUCCUCGAUGAGGUGACCCAUGAGCUAAGGGAACCGGAUGAACGUGACUUCGUCAUCCGCUUCCUCUUCCGCGAGCUCCUCGUAUACAAAGCCGAUGCCGAUAUACUUUCCAAGGCCAGUCGCACAGAAAGUAUUGAUACUUUCCUUCGGGAGUCCUCAGGGGAGCAUGUCGAAUACUACCUCAACUUCUUCGAAGCUUUUCAAGAGGGACGGCGGGAUACAUUCCACCUCCUCCGUGAUGCCACCCUGGCUGCAUGUCACACAUAUGGAUCAGGGGAUCCCGGCGAUGGCCAUGUCCCAAGUUGGUACAUACCCGACGAAGAUGUCUCUCAGGAAUGUAAGCUGGCCGUGAUCCAGGGCUUCAUUGCGGUUACGAAAGGCUUUAACGAACCCGGCGAGGACUCGCCCGGGCCGGGACAGAGCAUUACCGAGGAGAGAGAGGUACGAUGCUAUCUCGUGGGAAGAAUGAGCAAGAAGGAUCCUUUCGCUCUACCGUUGGCACAGGAGUUGAGUGAAAGGAUUGCAUCGUUGGAGGUCCUAGUAUAUGACCAUGAGAAUGAGGGAGAUGGAGCCACUGGACUCAUACAAUCUUCCACUGCAGAGCCGAACCCGUGGAUCUCCCGGUCUCGAUCUGCGGCAACAGAAGAAGAACUAGGUUUACAGUCGUGGACAAUAGAACACUCCCUGGAGGGAAUACUCAGCGACCUCAAGCUCAUUUACCACCUAAGGGACAAGAAUAUGACUAGGGACUACUACGAGUUUAUCAUUAUUGACAGAUGCCCGGGAAAGAAAUUUAAUCUCCUCAAUAUUGAGGAGAUAUCGGGAAAGAAAUUUAAUCUCCUCAAUAUUGUGGCAGAUGUGUUACUUCAACUGAGGGGAGACCCGCCAUUCUACCAAGUUUUCCGUCAAGCUAUCCAACAACACGCUCCCGCCGAGGAACAAGCCCAAUAUUUGGAAGCAGUUGAGCAGAUGAGGCUCAACCAACGGGCUAUACUAAUCAAUCCCCACCAACACCUAGACCUAGAGUCACGCGGUGUUAUGACGCGAAUCGAAGACUACGAGAAACCGCAUACUUCUCCUAUUGUUAUUCAGGGGAUCGAUGGGCAGAAUGAUUUAUACUUCUGUUACGGCUUUGAGCCUCUAAAUGAGCAAGCCCUUCGUGGCAGUAUUCUUGACUUCGACCCUUCUACCAACAACCUCCCCGAGUUCGUCGAGGCCUACAAGCGUGCUCAUCCUCGCGCUGUGUUUGCCAAGGGGAGGAUCAAUGUCCACUACUGCGCGUGGCCAAUGCCGAUGCUUCCCGGACAGCGGUACUCUCGCCUGAACUUCUGCACAUAUGAGGGCCGUCUAUACAGGUGGAAGGCACUGCCAUUUGAUAUGCCUAUGUCCUCGCGUAUAUGGCAAAUAUUUCUAAAUCACGAGCUCAAUAGCAAGUUGCCGUUUGUGCGGAUUGUGCAGACGACGCUGGUGGUAUGUGCCGAAGACUAUGAUGGUGUGGAAUCUAGUCUUGAGGCGUUGUUUGAUAUUGGCAGGAAGCAUGGUUGGACAUUUUCUAUUCCGUCGUCGCCGGCGUCUUGGACGAGGGAUGUUAAGAGAUUGAAUCUCGAGACGUUGUGGGAGGGAGUGCGCCCAGCUUUGUGA